UGUAUGUGACAUCGGUAACUAGUGAUGGCUUGUAUAGAAUUUACCGUCAACGGACGGAAAUGUUCAGUGGACGAGUCAACGCCGCGCGACACGUCCUUGAACGCGUACCUGCGCUACAUCCUAGCGCUGCCGGGCACCAAAGCUAUGUGUCAUGAAGGCGGUUGUGGCGCCUGCAUUGUGUCCGUGCGCGCGUGUCGCGCCUCCGGUGCUACAGAGACCUUCUCCGUCAACUCCUGCUUGGUGCUGGUGUUUUCCUGCCAUGGCUGGGACAUCACCACGAUCGAAGGCGUGGGUAACCGGCUGACCGGCUACAGUGAUGUGCAGAAACGCAUCGCCGCUUUCAACGGCAGCCAGUGCGGCUACUGUACACCGGGAUGGGUCAUGCAUAUGACUAGCCUGCAGGACAAGCACCUGACGAUGACAGAACUAGAGCGGUCGUUUGGCUCCAACACCUGCCGCUGCACCGGCUUCCGGCCCAUCCUGGAUGCCAUGAAGUCUUUCGCCGUCGAUGCCAGCGCGGACCUCUGUCAGAAGGUAAGCGACAUUGAAGACAUCAAGAUUUGCAGCAAGACGAACUCCAUCUGUGAGCGCCGAUGUUCCGGCUUAAGCGAAGACAGCGACUGGAGCGUGAUCAGCGACCAGCAGUUGGACAAGUUGGAGAAGAAAAAAGACGACAAAAUGAUCUCUUUCACUUUUGGAAAGAAGAAGUUUUUCAAAAUUUAUGACGUGGACGACGUUUUUGAUUUGCUGGACAAGUAUGGCGUGGACUCCUAUAUGUUCGUGGAUGGUAACACUGGAAAAGGAACGGUAGAAACAUUCGAGUAUCCUCGAAUCUUAAUAGACAUUAGUGGAGUAAAGAGUCUGAAAAAGUACGAAUUUGAUCAAAAUUUGAUACUUGGCGCUAACAUGGCACUGGAAGAUUGCAUAACACUAUUCAAGGAAACCGCUAAGUCCCAAAGUGAAUUUUCGUAUUUGGCUGAAUUUGUGAAACAUUUUGAGCUCGUCGCACAUAUUCCGGUUCGAAAGAUCGGUUCCUUGGCUGGUAAUUUGAUGUUGAAGCACGCAAACCCGUCCUAUCAGUCCGACGUAUUCCUGCUUUUGGAGACGGUUGGAGCUGUGGUGGUCAUCAAGCAAAGUAACGGAAAGAAGAAAACUCUUUCGCUGUUAGAUUUCUUGAAGUACGACAUGAGGGGUAUGCUCAUGGUAGCCAUCGAGCUGCCUCCACUGAGUAGCAAAUAUGUGUUUAGAAGCUACAAGAUAAUGCCUCGAAACCAAAACGCCUUAGCCAUCGUCAAUGCAGCCUUUCUUUUCAAAUUAAACCCCAAAACGAAGAUUAUCGAAGACGCCGACAUCUGCUACGGAAACAUUGGUCCUACAUUCGUACACGCGAAAGGCACUGAGGCGUUCUUGAAAGGAAAAAUGGUGUUCAACAAUGUGACAUUGCAGGCUGCUAUCAAAAUUUUGAACAAAGAAAUCGUGCUUAAAUAUGACCCGGCACAGCCUUCCAGUGACUUUAGGAAGAAACUGGCUGUUGGUUUAUUUUACAAGGUAAUCCUGAAUAUCUGCCCGCCCAACGCCCUCAACCCCCGCUACCGCUCGGGCGCCGCCCUCGUCCAACGGCCUCUGUCUCACGGUAGCCAGGAGUUCCAGACUGACUCCUCGCUCUACCCGCUCAAUCAGCCCGUGCCCAAGCUAGAGGCCGCCAUCCAAGCGGCGGGCGAGGCCAAAUACGCCAACGACAUACCUCCGAUGCCGAGGGAGGUGUUCGGGGCCUUCGUACAAUCUACUGUACACUCGGGAGAACUCGUCGGGGUUGAUAGUGGUGAUGUCUUGGAUAUAGAAGGGGUUAUAGCAGUCUACACUGCCAAAGACAUACCCGGCGUAAAUUCAUUCAGCGUGCCAGGAUUCCAACUGCAAACUGAAGAAGAAGAAAUAAUCGUGAGCAAAAACAUUCUGUUUUACGGCCAACCUGUGGCGAUCGUCAUUGCCACUUCAGAAGCCUUAGCUGUUAAGGUCGCGAAGAAAGUAAAAGUGACUUACAAAAAUGUUCCUUCAUCAGCUCCCGUGCUCACUAUAGAUCAAGCGAAAAAAGACAGUAAGAGAUAUGUUGCAAGUGAUACCGCUAUCAAGCCAAAAGGGAAGGGGAGUGAUGUGAAGACGGUCAUAAAGGGCGUGUAUGAGAUUGAGGGGCAGUACCACUACUACAUGGAGCCGGUGACAUGCGUGGUGGUGCCAGUAGACCAGGGGCUGGAAGUGUAUGACUCGACGCAGUGGAUGGAUCUCACGCAGAGGGCUAUUUCGCGAUGCUUGAAUAUGAAUGAGAGCGAUAUCCACCUGAAAGUCCGCCGUAUCGGCGGUGGCUUUGGUGGCAAGAUCAGCCGGAACGUGCGCACUUCAACGGCUUGCGCUCUGGCCGCCAAGCUCCUCAACACACCGUGUCGGUUCGUGGUGCCGCUGCAGACCAAUCUGGCCACGGCUGGCGGCCGGCUGCCCUGCCAGUGCGAAUAUGAGGUCGGCGUGGAUGAUAACGGCAAAAUCCAGUACUUGAACGCAACAAUCGUCGAGGACAACGGCUGUUCCAACAACGAGAAUAUCCUGGCUUACGUUUCUUCGGGCUUUACUAACUGCUAUGUCCCUGAUUACUUUGACGUCAAGAUGGCCACUGUUACAACGGAUACUCCAUCUAACACUUUUGCGAGGGCACCAGGGACUUCCGAGGGCAUGGCCUGCGUCGAGCACAUAAUGGAGCACAUUGCCUUCGCCGUCCAGAAGGACCCGACCGACGUACGCAUCGCCAACAUGCGUACCGACGAUAACGACCUCCCCACGCUCAUCGACACCUGGAAGAAAGAAACUGACUACGACAAACGCCUUCAGAGCAUCCAGGAAUUCAACAAAGCUAACCGCUGGAUGAAAAAAGCCAUCAAAGUGAAUAUAAUGAGCUUCCCAGUAGAAUAUUACGGGAAUUAUUCAGCCAUGGUAUCCAUCUAUCGAGGGGACGGCACGGUAACUGUGACGACGGGAGGAGUCGAGAUGGGCCAAGGCGUCAACACAAAAGUUGCCCAGAUUGUCGCUUACAAACUAGGAAUACCACUAGAAAUGGUUACCGUCCUCCCGAAUUAUUCCUUCACGGCUGCAAAUAACGUAUUCUCUGGUUCUAGUAUUGUCAGCGAGUGCGUUUGUUAUUCAGCUAUCAAGUCAUGCGAUACUCUGAAUGCGAGAUUGCUGCCACUGCGGCAAAAAAUGUCGAACCCGUCUUGGGGUGCGUUGAUCAAGCAAGCUGGGGACGAUCAGAUCGAUUUGACAGCGACCUAUAUGAUGACUGACAAGGAAAACGACUUAGAUUCGUACAGCGCGUUCGCUGUGGCCAUUCUGGAAGUUCAGCUGGACGUCCUGACAGCGAGAUAUGAGAUCUUGCGCUGCGAUAUACUGGAGGAUGUUGGUUUGAGCGUGAACCCUACUAUUGAUAUUUCACAGGUGGAAGGCGCCUAUGUACAAGGUCUGGGUUACUUCACCACAGAGAAGCUAGUGCGCGAUCCGCAGACCGGGCGGCUGCUCAGCAACCGUUCUCUCACCUACCACGUUCCCCUGGCCCUGGACAUACCCGCCGACUUUAGGGUUAAGCUGAGGUUCAACUCCAAGAACACAACCGGUGUAUUGGGCUCUAAAGCGGUAGGGGAGAUGGGUAUCUGCACGGCGCACGGCAUCACGCAUGUACUGCGGCAAUGCAUUCACGAGUCCAGAGCAGAAUCCCGUUACGAUACCAUGAACUGGAUCAACAUUGAUGUUCCAUUCGACACGGAAUCGAUUAUGACAGCUCUAGACGUCCAGCUAGAAGAAUUUCUUAUUACAUAAGUACUUCAAUAAAGUAUUGAAAAACGAUUUAAAGACAUUUUAAAUAUUGUUAUU